AUGUCAACUAUCCAAAACCUCAAAACCUUUGACCCCUUCGCGGAGGCCGACGACGACACUGGGGACGCGAAGCAAUCCCAGAACUACAUCCACAUACGUAUCCAACAGCGCAAUGGUCGUAAGACUUUGACAACCGUCCAAGGCCUCCCCAAGAAGUUUGAUCAGAAGAAGAUCCUCAAGGUCAUCAAGAAGAAAUUCGCUUGCAAUGGCACAAUCGUCACAGAUAGCGAAAUGGGGGAGGUGAUUCAGCUCCAGGGUGAUCAACGCAAAGAUGUCCAAGAGUUUUUGACUGCCAAAGAUGGCCUCGAGCUCGACGCAAAGACUAUCAAGGUGAGUCCUGCGCAUAAUCCCGAAUCGUGCUGGAGCUGA